AUGGACAACUCCGGCGAUCGAAUAGAAAAGCUGUACAAGAACUAUGAAAUCUUGAGUGACGCCAAGGAAAAAAUCGGCGAGCACGAGGCCGAAUAUAAGGAAAUAUUGGAUGCGGUGAAGGGUUCGGCGAAGGAAAAGCGUCUUGCGUCCCAGUUCAUUGGGAAAUUCUUCAAGCAUUUUCCCAGCUUGGCGGAUCUCGCCAUUGAAAGUCAGCUGGAUCUAUGUGAGGACGAGGAUACGCAGAUAAGAAGGCAAGCAAUUAAGGAUUUGCCACAGCUGUGUCGUGAUACAACGGAGCAUACGCCUCGAAUCGGUGACAUUUUGGCCCAAUUGCUCAUUACCGAAGAUUCAGCCGAGUUGCUGCAAGUGCAUCAGUCGUUACUUACGUUGGCAAAGUACGAUGCAAUUGGAACGCUGACUGGAAUUUUCAGUCAAAUCGUAGGCGGUGAGGAGACGACACGUUUUCGCAGCUUUCAGUUUAUAAACAACAAAAUAAUGAAACUUGAGACUCAAAUUUUGACGAAACUGGUGGAAGAUUUCAUUAUUGCUGAGGUUAAAAAAAUCACACUGGACGUAAGCUCGGACGAGUUUCACCUGUGCAUGUCUAUCCUGAACCAAACGAAGCUUAGCAAAACUCUACCCGGUCAUGUGGAGCUGGUAACACUGGCUGCCGAACAAGCAGAUCUGGAAAGCGAUCCCGGUGCGCUCGCAUCGGACGAUGAAACUGUGGAACGUUUUAUUCAGUGUGCGACUGAGGCCAUGCCGUACUUUUCGUCUCAGGUGGAAUCGACUCUAUUUGUAAAGUUCAUGUGUGAGAAGUUUUUGCGACCGAGCGUAUGGUGUUUGAUCGGUGCUGCAGAUGACCAGCAGCAGACACAACAGCGUUUGCUGAAAGUAUUUGCCGAAAUGACUGCGUUCUGUGGAACAUUGGAGAAAGCUUCCGAGAAAGUGGAAGCUAUUUAUGAGGUGUUACUGGAAUAUAUGCCAUUGCCACCACUUGAUGCCGAUUUGAACGAAACACCCUCGUUCCAUUUUUCACAUGCCGAAUGUCUGCUGUAUGCGCUGCACACCCUGGGUAAACAGGCAGCCGAUUUUCUCACGUUCCCUGACAAUCCAGCAAAGCUGAAAGAUUUCCGUUCUCGGCUACAGUAUUUGGCGCGGGGUACGCAGGGGUACAUCAAGAAACUUCAGGAAGCCGUCAAGGGUAAAAGUGCAGAAGAGAUGAAGUCCGACGAGAACCAAAUUAAAGUGACUGCACUGAAAACUACUUCUAACAUCAGCACUUUGAUUCGUGACCUAUUUCAUUCGCCACCAAGCUUCAAGUCAGUCGUACAGUUGUCCUGGGUUGUACCGAAAGGGAAGAAAGCUCAACAGCAACAACAACAGCGACUAGAACAGAAGCAAGAAGAUGCUACCAAGACCGGAAACAAACGGCACGCAACGAUCACGUUCGAUGGCAAUGGCAAAACGGCCCCCGACACCAAAGGGCCAAAGCACGGCAAAUCAGGCCCAGGUUCACAGAAAAUGUAUACCCCACCGUCUGGUAAAUAUUCCGGCAAGCUGCAUCGAAAUGGCGGUGGCCGACGUUCAAGCGGCGGUGGUGGUGGCGGUGGCAAUUCUCGCCGUGGCAGUUAUGGAUCAGCUUUCGGUGGUGGUGGUGGCCGUAACAAUGGAGGAAAAAGGAAGUAUUAA